AUGGAUCCACGUUGGGAUGAGGCUCAUUUUGGAAAAUUUGGUAGCUAUUACUUGAAUCACACUUUCUAUACGGAUGUACAUCCCCCGCUUGGAAAAAUGUUUAUUGGGUUUGCCGGGUAUCUUUCUAAAUACAAUGGCUCAUAUACGUUUCCGUCUGGGGAACACUAUCCGCCCCAUGUAAAUUACAUCUCUAUGCGAAUUUGCAUUGCCACCCUGGGUGCUCUUGCUAUUCCCCUUGUAUUCAUGUCAUGUAUCAAUAUGAACAUGGAUAAAUGGACAUCUGUUUUCGUAGCCACGUGCCUAUUGUUUGGUGUGUGUUUUAUAUCUGACAAUUAG